GAUGUUGAUGGCUUCAACAAAGCCAUGGAAGAGGCGAGGGAAAGAUCUAGAAGUGCCCAGAAUAAGCAAGCUGGUGGUUCCAUAGUUAUGGAUGCUGAUGCUACAUCAAAAUUGCACAAGGCUGGUGUGUUAGCAACAGAUGACUCUUUUAAAUACACUUGGUUCAAGGAUCACGAGAGUGAAGUAAAGGCUAUCUACACUGGCUCUGCUUUUCUGGAAAGUUCAGCUGCUGGCGAUAACGUUGGACUAGUUUUGACGUCGUCUAGUUUCUAUGCUGAGCAGGGUGGUCAGAUUUUCGAUACAGGACUUAUUGAAGGCUCGUUUGGUACAUUCAACGUAUGUAAUGUCCAAAUAUUUGGAGGCUUUGUUCUUCAUAUUGGUUAUCUCUCAAAAGAAACUGGAGUUGUAUCUGUGGGAGAUAAAGUGACUUGCAAGGUUGACUAUGAGAGGCGUAAGCUCAUCGCUCCUAACCAUACUUGUACACAUAUGUUGAAUUUUGCACUGAAGGAAGUGCUCGGGGAUCAUAUUGAUCAGAAGGGAUCAAUAGUUCUUCCUGAAAAACUGCGUUUUGAUUUUUCUCACUGCAGGCCGGUUGAUCCUGAAGAUUUAAGAAAGAUCGAAGCCAUAGUGAAUAAACAGAUCAAGGAUGAACUGGAUGUAUUUUCCAAGGAAUCAGUGCUUUCUGAAGCCAAGCGAAUCAAAGGUCUAAGAGCAGUGUUUGGUGAAGUCUACCCUGAUCCUGUUAGAGUGGUGUCGAUUGGGAGACGGGUCGAGGACCUCUUGGCUGAUCCCGAAAACGAUGAGUGGUCAUCACUUUCUUCUGAGUUUUGUGGAGGAACCCACAUAAUAAACACCCGUGAAGCAAAAGCUUUUGCUCUUCUAUCAGAAGAGGGAAUUGCUAAAGGUAUUCGUAGGGUAACUGCUGUGACUACCGAAUGUGCUUUUGAUGCAUUGAACGUGGCGUCCUCACUUGAAAAAGAAGUCGAGGAUGCAUCCAAAGCGGAGGGGAGUGCAUUGGAAAAGAAAGUUGCUGCUUUGAAAAGCCGGGUAGACUCGGCAAUUAUGCCAGCGGCCAAAAAGGCAGAUAUAAGGGCCAAGAUUGCUCUGCUUCAGAAUGAAGUGAGGAAAGCUCAAAAGAAAAUAGCAGAGCAGAACCUGAAGAUAUCUGUGAAAGUAGCAACAGAGGCAGCAGAGUCUGCAGCAUCUGAUGGGAAGACAUUCUGCAUUAUCCAGCUUGAUGUAGGUCUUGAUGCAGCUGCCGUGCGAGAAGCUGUCUCGAAAGUUAUGGAAAAGAAGGGAAUGUCGAUAAUGGUGUUCAGCACAGAUGAAACGACCAACAAGGCGGUUGUGUGUGCAGGAGUUCC